AGUUAUGAAGCAAGUCAGUCAAGUGUGCACCAGAGGCAAGUAUUCAGGCAAUAGUUACAUUUAAGAGCUGUGUGGAGUUGGACUGUCAUCAACACUGUUACAUUAAGCAAGAUGCUCAAUCUGCGUGCGGCACCCAGCCAGUUUACACUUGAGGUGAGAGAGCCGGGGCUGUGGGUCUGGAGGGUGGAGAAGAUGAAGGCUGUGCUUCUUGACCCAUUGCAGUAUGACGUGUUCUACAACGGAGAUGCUUACAUUGUGCUCAGCAACCAGGGAAAGGAUGGAAGUGACCUGCACAUGUGGAUGGGUGAGAAGUCGUCUCGGGACGAGCAGGGUGCAUGUGCGAUGCUGGCGACACAGCUGGACAGCUUCUUAGGAGGAGAGCCAGUACAACACAGACAGGUGCAAGGCUAUGAGUCACCGGAGUUCAUGGCACUCUUUCCUAAAGGAGUCAGCUACAAGGAGGGAGGGGUGGAGUCUGGGUUCAAGAGUGCCAGGUCAAGGACUGGCCCCGUUACACAUCUUUACCAGGUCAAAGGAAAGAAAAACAUCAGAGCAAGAGAGGUGGAGCUUAGCUGGGGAAGCUUCAACAAGGGAGACUGUUUCAUACUGGACUUGGGAGAGACCAUAGUGGCAUGGAGCGGCUCCAAAGCCAACAUGUUUGAGCGACAGAAGGUGCGUGAAAUAGCAAUGCUGAUCAGAGACACGGAGAGGAACGGCAAAGCUCGCAUCAUCGAUGUGAUCGAGGGAGAGGAACCACUAGAGAUGGUUCAGGCACUUGGUCCAAUCCCAUCUCUAAGAGAGGGCUCAACAGAGGAGGAUGCUGCAGCAGAUGUCUCCAAUGCUGCCUCUCUUUACAAGGUGUCCAAUGCAACAGGCCAAAUGACCUUGACAAAACUAUGUGACAGAGGACCGUUCAGUCAAGAGCUCUUGGAGAAAGAUGACUGCUUCAUGCUGGACAAUGGAUCUAAUGGAAAGAUCUAUGUUUGGAAAGGGAAUGGAGCCAAUGCAGAGGAGAAGAGGGUCGCUCUUAAGGUGGCAGACGAGUUUAUUACUGAAAUGAACUAUCCCAGGAUGCAAACACAGGUGGAGAUUCUCCCUCAGGGUCGUGAAUCUGUGCUUUUUAAACAGUUCUUCAAGAGCUGGAGUUAAACACACACACACACAACAUACAGCAUAUAUGACAUGGAUGCACAAACAUUAACUCAUUUUCUAAAAUAAAACAGCAUGUUACUUAAGAAAGGUGUAGAAUACAAGAAUACAAUUGCAAAAGCACUGUUAAGGACACCUGCUACAAUGCUUUUUAUAAAAUGACCCAUUCAUGUUUCUUAUUUCUGUUAGAUCUAAUCCCUGCAAUAAUAAUAAAAAAAUGUCU